CAAUCAGGGCUGGCGAGAGGACGCUUCUUCUCGAGGGGUCGCCCUGAGGGGCGGCUUGGAGGAGGUUAAGUUGGGUGGCGGCGGCGGCAGCAGGUGUACGCCCGCGCGGAGCUGACCGGCCUAACCCGACUGCCGAGGCGCAAGCUGGUUAAAAAAUCUUUUGCUGAAGGAGCACAUUUGCUGGCAUAGUUUCAGAAUGUCAAGUACAGUGUCCUACUGGAUCCUAAAUUCGGUAAGGAACAGCAUUGCCGUACAAGAAAGCAGACGUUUAUACUCAAGGUUUGUUUCAAAUAGGAAUAAAUCAAAAUGGAGGCCUUUGAGGGUGCCAGCCACCCUGAAAAACAGUUUCUCACGUGGCAGUUUGGCGCUGCAGAAAGCUCACAGACACACAUCAACAGAAGAAGAUGAUUUCCACAUGCAGCUCAGCCCUGCGCAGGUGAAUGAAGUUCUGAGAGCCAGAGAGUCAGCCCACAAUAUUCUUGACCUCGACAGCAGAGUCCCAAAUUCUGUGUUACGGGUUGAGAGCAACCAGCUGGCUGCAAACGCCCCGAUGGAGGACCGGCAUGGUGUAGCUUCCUGCCUACAGACCAGUGGGCUAAUGUUUGGCGUCUUCGAUGGGCACAAUGGCCAUGCAUGUGCACAGGCAGUGAGCAAGAGGCUCUUCUACUAUGUGGCAGUGUCACUGAUGUCCCACCAGACCCUGGAGCGGAUGGAGGGAGCAAUGGAAAGCAUGAAGCCCCUGCUGCCCAUUCUGCAGUGGCACAAGCACCCAGGAGAUAGUGUCUACAAGGAUGUCACAUCAGUGCACCUUGACCACCUCCGUGUCUACUGGCAGGAGCUCCUUGAUCUGCACAUGGAUAUGGGACUGAGUAUCAAGGAAGCAUUAACAUACUCCUUCCAGAGACUGGAUUCUGACAUCUCACUUGAAAUCCAGGCCGCCCUAGAAGAUGAGGUGACAAGGAACCUUUCACUCCAGGUUGCUUUCUCUGGGGCAACAGCUUGCCUGGCCCAUGUUGAUGGCCUUCACUUGCAUGUGGCAAAUGCUGGUGACUGCCGGGCCAUCCUUGGUGUCCAAGAGGACAAUGGUAUGUGGUCUUGUCUGCCUCUCACCCGUGACCAUAAUGCCUGGAACCAGGCCGAGCUGUCACGGCUAAAGAGGGAGCACCCGGAGUCAGAGGACAGGACCAUCAUCAUGGACGGCAGACUGUUGGGUGUCCUCAUGCCCUGCAGAGCCUUUGGGGACGUCCAGCUGAAGUGGAGUAAAGAGCUGCAGCGCAGCGUCCUGAAGCGGGGCUUCGACACUGAGGCCCUCAACAUUUACCAGUUCACGCCUCCCAACUACUACACUCCACCCUACCUCACUGCCGAGCCUGAGGUCACAUACCACAAGCUGAGGCCCCAGGAUAAGUUCCUGGUGCUGGCCUCAGAUGGCCUAUGGGAUGUGCUGUGCAAUGAGGACGUGGUGAGGCUGGUGGUGGAACACCGGGCCGAGGCAGGUAGGCACAAGCCAGACCUGGCCCAGAGACCUGCCAACCUGGGGCUCAUGCAGAGCCUGCUGCUGCAGAGGAAAGCCAAGGGGCUCCAUGCUGUGGACCAAAACGUGGCCACGCAUCUGAUCAGACAUGCCAUUGGGAGCAAUGAGUAUGGGGAAAUGGAACCUGAGCGGCUGACAGCAAUGUUGACGUUGCCGGAGGACUUGGCAAGGAUGUACAGGGAUGACAUCACAGUCACUGUGGUGUAUUUUAACUCAGACUCAAUUGAUGCCUAUCACAAGAGGGAUUAAUCUCCCAUCCUGUCGCCAAGGUUCACUUAAAUGCUCUUCUAAAACAUUUUCACUUACUCUUAAGCUGACUAUUCAUACCUUACUGUUAAAAGGGCAGAUGGAUAUAGCUUGCCAAAUAUUAGGCUAACAUGAGAAAAACGCUGAACCUGGGUUUAAAAGCAGCAGCAAUGAUUUCAUAUCCUUAUUUUGGUCAACUCUGUGUGGAGAGGGCAGAGCAUAGAGACCGUAGAAUUCGCCUGGGGUCAUGUAGCCCAAGUCCUUUUACAAAGACACUGUUCAACUGUCAGUCUGAGCCUUUAAAGGGUAAAUUUAAUCAUGAUUCUAAGACUAAAGAACUUCAAGACCUUCUGAGGGCUUGCUGCAGAAUCUGCAAACUGGACAAUUCUGAACUCAACAAUCAUGGACUUCACUUCUAGGCUGUUAGUUUUUAAUUGCUAAGGCCUAGGUUUACAAAGGAUACUAUAGGAUACUUUCCUAUGCAAUAAUUACACUUUUUUGUGAUUACCUGUAUAAAAACAUUUUGUAAUGCUGCA